UCCGUGACGGGACCCGAUAACGUCACUUGGUUUUUGUUUUUCCCAGUGUAACGUUAACUGAUUACUGUGCGUGCCGUUAAUCAACUAUGUAAUAUUAAUAUAACACAUUUACGUGUUGCCAAGUAAAAAAAUCUUUCUUUUUUUAACGGACGAUAUUUAUAGGCACACAUUAGCCAAACUAGUUGAGUUGCCCUUGUAAUCUUUGCGGUGCGGGACAGAUUGACAUGAUCCAAACAAUCCCAGACGUCCGAACUGGAGAGGAGGUACAAAAGUCUGGUUCUUCCUUCCACAGGGAGAGAUUGGAUGGAUCUCCGAAAUUUCAAAGACUCCUCUGUGCUUCCUUCAACCAGGACAUAACGUCUUUGGUUGUUGGUUGUAAGGAUGGCUACAGACUUUUUUCUCUGUCCUCUGUUGAAAGAAUGAAUUGUAUUCAUCAGAGUGUCGAAAGCCCUGAUGUGUACAUUGCAGAACGGCUCUUCUCCAGUAGUCUAAUGGUAGUUGUGAGCAAAUCUACACCAUUCAGAAUGAACAUCUACCAUUUCAAGAAAGGCACAGAGAUCUGUAACUACAGCUACUCCAGCAACAUCCUCGCUGUCAAACUUAACCGACAGAGACUUAUCGUUUGUUUGGAGGAGGCCCUGUACAUCCAUAAUAUCAAGGAUAUGAAACUUCUGAAGUCUCUUCUCAACACGCCACCAAACCCCCGAGGUCUGUGCGCACUUUCUGUAAAUUAUUCCAACUCAUACCUGGCAUACCCUUACAGUUUCACUGCCGGAGAAAUUGCCCUUUAUGAUGCUUUGAAUCAGAUUAUGGUGACCACGAUCUCUGCUCAUGCCAGCCCUGUGGCAGCCAUCUCAUUCAAUGCCUCAGGAACCAAUCUUGCCAGUGCUUCAGAAAGAGGCACUGUUAUAAGAGUUUUCAGCAUACCCGAUGGAGUCAAACUGUUCGAGUUCCGCAGAGGAAUGAAGAGGUACGUUAGCAUCAGUUCUUUGUCGUUCAGUGCCAAUGGAGAGUUUCUGUGUGCCUCUAGUAACACAGAGACUGUUCAUAUCUUCAAACUGGAGCCCCACAGUCCCAGUAAGGUUAGUCCAACAUGGUCAGCAUAUAUGGGAAAGAUGUUUUCUGCUGCCAGCACGUACCUGCCCUCUCAAGUGUCAGACAUGAUGCAUCAGGACAGAGCGUUUGCUACCGUCCGUCUCAGUGUGUCCGGCAUGAAGAACGUAUCGGCUCUUGCCAUUAUCCAGAAGGUCCCACAUCUUUUGUUGGCUUCUUUAGAUGGUCAUCUCUACAUUUACACUUUAGAUCUCCAGGAAGGUGGAGAGUGUCAUUUAGUCAAGAAACACAGAUUGUUUGACAGUGAUGAUGAAAAUCCAGUGGUGUCAGACAUAGAUGUUGGUAGCCCAUCAUAUGCCGCAACUGUUGCCACAACCGCACACCAAGACUCUCCAUCCUCCAGUUCACUCACGGGUUAUUCUGAGGAUGGAGGUGCAAAGAAAGGAGAGCUGAUCCCAGAACAUGAGUUUGCAGAUGGACCGGUCUGUCUCGAUGAUGAACAGGAGUUUCCUCCAGUUAACUUUCAGAAUACCUGAAGAGUAAACUCCAUGUGUCUUUUUAUAUCUUCAGGACUUUGGGUUUCAUUUUGGCAGGUCUUUCUGUUUUUAAACUACAUCUUUAAAGGAUGUGGCAAACAAAGUGUUGUAUGCAGUGCUGGAUUUGGAUGUUUAGAUCUUAAUAUCAUUAAGUAAUUUUUAUUUUAUAGCAAGCACAAAACAUCUGACUCCAAAAGCUUAGGCAGCUGACUUGUUGUCUUGCUGCCUCAUGAGGCAAUGACUUUGGUGGCAUGAAGGCAGCUCUGGCAAAGGCAUUCGGACAGACUUCAUAGGCAGCGUAAUCGAGUUCUGUUUGAAAUAUAAACAGAGAGCGCCUUUGCUAUAACCAAUCCCAUAUUUGAAAAGUACAAUACUAAUUUCUCGCUAGAAAUGCAAUCAAUAGGUGUGAAAACAAAAAUGAAAACUUUAUUUUCACUAAAUUUGUGCUUCAGCCGCUUUCUUGGUCGCCAUUUUUUUUUUUCAAACUCGACCAGGCUUGACCAAUCACAUUACUCGUGCACACACACGCAUAGAAUUGUGGGACAGGACAAUGAAGGCAUCUCAGGAGACAGGAAGUAAACCUAACAUUGGAUUUAGAUGUGCCUUGAU